AGAGAGAGAGAGAGAGAGAGAGAGAGAGAGAGAGCUGGCAAUCACUAGGAUGGAGGAAGAUAUUCUCUGUCAGACAGUGGAACACAGAGAGAGAGAGAGAGCUGGCGAUCACUAGGAUGGAGGAAGAUAUUCUCUGUCAGACAGUGGAAGAGAGGAGGAGGAGGAGGAGGAGGAGUUCUAGAGUGGAGGAAGGGUUACCCAGUAUGAGGAAUCUUUAUGACAUCUCCUCACUAGACAGGUUUUCCAGAGAUGACCGCAGCUCUGCAGCGAGCGGGAUAGAUGUAGCAGACCGCCUGACAUACCUGGAGCAGCGGAUGCAGAUGCAGGACGAUGAGAUCCAGCUUCUGAAGAUGGCCCUGGCAGACGUCCUCAAGAGACUCAACAUCUCAGAGGAACACCAGGCCACCAACGCCAAGAAAGGACCUGCUGAGAAAGCAGCUAGGCCUGUGUCUCUUGCCCUGCCAUCCAGACCAUCAAUGAACAGCCUUGCCUCUCUGAAGAAAAGCUCCACAAGCUCUACAAUGCCCUCUACCUCCACCGCACAGAACUACAGCCCCUUACCAGGAGCAUCAGCCAAGAGUGGUGUGAAGAGUUCAGCAGGCAGUCUGAAGGACUGUACCUCUAAGACUCGGCCAGGCCCCCGACCUGGCCCCUCAGGCUCAACAGCGGCCCCCGGCAGUAAGAAAGGCGAUAGCAAAACCAAGGAGCCUGCAGCCAGUGUAGGGUCGAGGCGUGUGACGCACUGUAAAGUGACUAUGCAGAUCUAUCUGAGCCCCCAAACAAAAAGGACUGGGUCUUCUGAAGUGGACAAAUCAGCCCCCACGGUCCCCAACUCCAGACCAACCAGAACCCCCACCUCCCCUCAGACCAAAGGAGUCCCCCCGACCUACGACCGGACCAAGCCCAAGACACGCAAAACACACCCUGCCUUCACCCUCCCCAUGCAGAAAAGCACCAAUCAGAAUACAUAUUCUCCUCUGGACACGUUCAAUUACAAAAGCCCCUUCAAAUCACCAAGCCAUUACUUCCAAAUCUGUUACUAGGCAAUAGAGUAGGCUAUGAGGAUGUAGAAGUUGCUCCUAAACACAGGUCUUGGGUCAGAUAUUGUUCUAAUCCUCAUAAUGGUUAGGGUUGGGUAAUCUAAUCCUAGAUCUGUAGUUAAGGGCAAUUUAUAUUUGGGCUAUUACAAGUGUAGGCCUGUAAGAGAAAUCGGUUUUCCAGAUAUUUGAAAAUGUAUAGCAGUGAGGUAUUUACUGUAGAAGUGGAGGUUGUCUUUAGUAAUGUUUGAGAUGGACUGAUAGUUACAAAGUUUGGGUUUUGAGAUUUUUGUUUGGCCAGAAAAGAGAAUAGUGAGUUUAUUUGAUUGUUUUGUUGAAUUUCCUAGCACCAUCAGUGACCAUAGUCCUCUUCACUUUGUUCUCUGUCAUUUCUUACAUAUUUAUGUCAACUUGAAGCCUCUAUUUUUUUCUGCUGUUUCUUUCUGUCUUAAUGUCUCAUUUAUGUUUUACAUUUUAGUAAUUUAGCAGACACUCAUAUCCAGUUUAUUUUAUUUUGUGGCUUUAUGUCAGUAAAAUAUGGAUGUAUGAGUUUUCAUUGAAAUCUCCCUGACUUUGAGGGGGAUGUACAGUAUGAGUGAAUUCUCUUAUUCGAUGUCUGUGUGUAUCUCCGUCUCUGUUGACAGCCAUUAAUAAACAUUUCAGUGAUCACCUG